CUCGUCUCGUCUCAUCACUAACACAGGAACGGCAAACAAACUGGACCGGCAUGCCAGUCGACACGUAAAGCGCCCGAAAUUAUUUGUCUUUUUUAUUUCAACGCCAUCGCGAGCAACCAUAAAAUGACUGCAAAGAAGGAUAAGGACUACAAGAAUCAUAAACACGGCAGUGAGUUAAGCGCAACAGCAAUAUCGUCCAAGCUAGACAGUCACCUAGCCAGCCAAACCGGUACUACCGCACCAGGUCUGAUAACGGCGCAGGAUCCUUUGAAACGCACCAACAAACCCCUCAUGGAGAAGCGACGCCGGGCACGCAUCAACCAAAGCUUGGCCAUCCUGAAGGCCCUCAUCCUUGAAUCGACCGUCAAAAACAAGUCCGGUGAUGGUCAAACCAAACACUCGAAGCUGGAGAAAGCGGACAUCUUGGAGCUGACUGUACGACACUUCCAGCGUCACCGAAACCUCGACAGUCCCGGUAUCGAUAAGUAUCGGGCGGGCUAUACGGAUUGUGCACGGGAAGUUGCCCGAUAUCUAGCUACACCGGAGCCACCACCAUUGCCAAGCGUACCGACGCUUACGGACGCUGGUUCCAAGGCGCGAUUGUUGCGUCAUCUGGAUAAUUGUAUUGCGGAGAUCGACACGGAGAUCUGUCCGAAGGUGACCAAUGCUAAUGGGAUACCACUGUCUUCGCCUGGCGGUGGGGUUGUUGGUGCCGGCGGACAGGAUGGAAAGAUGUUAGUAGAUGGGACAGGUGCAGGAGGUACACCGAUGUACGAUGGGUUGAAGAAAACCAAAGACCUCCUGGUGGACUAUGGAGCAACGGCCGGAAUUUCGCAGGACUCCAAUCCACUUGAUUUCAGCAAAACAAACCGAGAAAUUGGACGUUCACCAUACUCUUACCGUGGAUCUCCAACUGAUCUAGCUAUCUUGGCGCCGAAAUCCACCUCAUUGCUCCAUCAAGAUGAAAACAAUAAUCGUGGCACAAGCGGUGGUACCGUUGGCGUGCACAGCGCCAAGUCUACCAAUCUCCAUCACCCACAGUCUGCCGUCACGGUCACAAAUCUUGAAGAUAUGAUCCACGGCAGUGAAAUUGCAACCACCUCAGCUGCCAGCAACCAUUCGGUCACGCUCAAUAAAAUGAUGCUUGGUCACCAUCAGCACCAGCCACAUCCGAAGCUCGCGAUCGACAUGGCUAACCUCAAAAACUGUCGACUGGAUCCGGGCACUAUCAAGCACGAGCCUGGUUCCUCUGCCGCACUGUUGGCAAACGGGUACUCCACCACAUCGUCGGCCGUUUCUUCACCGACUCCUUCCCCGGCAGGUGGAAACCUCGAGUCGGAUAAGGAUGUUUCUAAUCACUCCGAGCACGGUGUCGUUGUGCCACAGGCGACAGGUUAUCCUCCUCAAAGUCAGGUCGCUCUGCUCCUUCCCGACCAUUACAUCCAGCUAGCGACGGCACUCGGGCUUGGCAGCACACCCCCAAUGUUGGAUCACCCGGGUGCAGCAGCUGCUGCAGCAGCCGCCGCUGCCGCUGCCGCUUCCCUUUCCAGCACCGAUUUCGAAACCCUCAUCGAGCAGAACCGUCGACAGGCGGCAGUGAUUGCGCACGAAAAGAUGACAGCCGAAAUGCUUGGCAGUUUGCACGCUCUGCCCGAAAAUGUGGACGAAAGCUACUGGGAGCUGUACAAGAAAUCGCUCGGCAUACCGGACUCGAUCAGCAAGCUAAGCCUUACCGAUGUCCGCGCACUGAUGGCGAAAGGAAUGCCACCGAAGGUUGAAUGUGUUGGUCCAACGGUUUCUGCCGUUCCACCACCCGUUACAAAAAUGGAGAUCGAUGAUCCAGGGCACCAUCCCGGGCAUCAUCAUGGCGGUGGGUCGGUAAAAUCUGAACCACCGAGCACCGUUUCGCCGGGUUUGAUAGAGCCCGACGUUGAUGGACGUACCAGUGCCAACGGAAGUCGAAGUCCGCAUGUAAAGAAAGAAUUAGCAGACGGUGAUAUUGCUAUGGUUGCUGUGCGACCGGAAGCAUCACACACACCAUAUCUAGAGGAACGUGAUCGUCGAAGUUUGAGUCCCCGAUCGGUGGAAGACCGAAGAUCACCGGCGAGCAGCAAUGCAAGUGGUAGUAGCGAACGGUGCAGCAGUAACAGUGGCGCGGUCGAUAGUUUGCACGCUCCAACAUGGCGCCCGUGGUAA